UUACUCGGCAGUCACAGGAUCUGGUUUUCUGUCUUCUAUUUCCAUGCAACAGACAUCAGGGGUGAAUAGUAGUUUAGCAGGUCCGUUCUCAAGGUCGUAUGGAAGCAGCAGUAUUUCUAAAUCAUAUGCGUCAACUGACUCCCUAGCAGAUGACAUAGCAGAGCCCAGCCCUCGGCGAGACACAAGUGCUGACAUAACUGAUGUCCAGGUGAGGCGAGAGGAGGUGAAAGAGCAACUGACAAAUGAAGAGUUGGAUAGGAGAGUGGAUAUUUACCUUACGGAAACGGAAACUAUUUGGAUAUUCGAUAUGCCAUCUGUUGUGAUGUCUACAGAGGCUGAAGAUGCAGGAAAAGUUCUGGAGCGGAAUAAGAUUUAUGUUGACGUUUGUAAAAAUAGAGUUGGUAACGAGCGCUUUGUGGAAAGGAUGAUGCAAACCCUUAAUGGAGCCCCAAAGAGCAAGGAAGUGCAGUGUGACAAAAUCGUCACAGAAGAUAAAGGGAUCAUGGUGACUUCCUGGGACUUGUAUGAUUCCUUUAACGAGUUGGAAGUAGAACCUACAUCAAAAGCAGAAGGUAGAAGAGUCACAAUUGUGAGCAGCAACAUCUCUCUUAUAAGUGGACAGCAUGAUCAGUCUGCAUCUUCAGUUUGUGACAGAGAUAGCACAAGUUCUUCUGUAGUGGAAAGUGCUCUUCUUGCCAAGAUCCAUGAAGAGAAGGAAGACCAUUCAGAAGCUAUAUUGAAAUCAGAAAAAUUUCAUCAGGACUUAUUUUUCAUGGAGAGGAUUCUAAUGGAGAAUGUUUUUCAGCCCAAACUUGCAGUUUAUCGACAACUUCCUGUCCUUACAGAACCUGUUGCUACAUCAAAUACUGGUGACAGAGCAACAACCAUGGAAGAAGCUGACCCAGAAAAGGAAGAACAUGAGCGCCCAGAAGAGUUUGUACCUCCCAGUUUGGAAUUACUGUGGUCAUACGCAUGUGAUCUAACUAAUGGCCGUAGUGUGAGCAGUAUGGCUUGGAACAAACUAAACCCAGAUCUUUUGGCUGUUGGUUAUGGAGAGUUUGAUUUUAAAGAGCAGAAGAACGGCUUGGUUUGCUGUUGGUCACUGAAGAACCCAAUGGUAACAGAAGCUGCAAGAAAGUAGUUUGCUUUCUUUCUCUAGUUGAUAUUUCUGCUGUACUUUUUCUGCCUUUUUUAAUUCCCUAUUCUUGUUUCAAAAGCAAGACCUAACCAGCA